AUGAAAAAUGUUGAGAAAGAUGUAAACCAUAUCAAAGAAUUUAUUCAAACGUUUUAUUUUGCGAAAAAUGUGGAAAUAGUAAUUGAUGAAUCCUCUCUGAAAAAACUAAAUAAGACACUAAAGGAAAAUAACACAACUUCGAUAAAUUUAUAUUCCUGUUAUGCUAUAUGGCUAUGUAUGAAUGAAAUAUACCCAUCAUGGUUUGAUAUAUCAAUUCACCCUGCUCAAUUUGACUCAGAGUUCGACGCUUACGAGUGCUUACUCAAAUAUUUAAAUGAAUAUCACGAAAAUAAAUUUGAAAGGAUGAUAAAAAAGAUCAUCGAAAAUUUAAUGGGAUUGACAGUAAAUGAGUUUAUUGACAUAUACAGCUUAGUUAUAUUGGCUGCUCUAGUUUCAGAUGAGAAGCAAAGGCAUGUAAAUAAUAUUUUAUCCCUUAAUCAUGAAACACAAAAAUAUAUACAUAAUAUUGUAGAAAUUUUAGAUAAAGAGGAAAAUGUAAAUAAAGAAACUAAGUUAGCAACAGAUGAUCCUACUAAUGACGCCGAAAGUUUUAACGAGUCCAUGAAAAAUGAAAUAAAACAGUUGAAAGAAAAGGUUAAAUAUCUUGAGAUGGAAAAUGAAAACUUGAACAGCUCACUAACUGAACAAAAUAAAAUAAUUGAAGAGAAAAAUGAAAAAAUGAACAAUUUGCAAAAACAAAUUAAUACAGCUAUCGAAAAAACGAAAAAUCAAUAUAUUGCACAAAUAGAAGAACAAGAAAAAAAAAUUCACGAGUUACAAAAUAUUAUAGAAAAACAGAAUAAAGAUAAGAGUUAUACAGAAAACAAUUUGAAAAAUAAAAUAAAAGAAUUAGAAGAUGAGCAGAACAUACUGAAGCAAGAAAAUUCGAAUAUAGAAAAUUUGCAGAAUAAAAUAAAUAUGUAUAAAGAAAAAUUAGAUAGUUUGAUGACUGUACAAAAUAUAAAUAAGGAAUUAGAAGAUAAGCUUAAAAACAAUACACAAAAAAUGGUUGAUAUGGAAAAUGAAAUAGAAAAAUUAAAGCAAGAGUCAAAUAAUAUAAAAAUAUAUAAGGAUAAAUGUGCAGAUUUAGAUUCAACUCUAGUAAAUACAAAGAAAGAAAAUCAAAAGUUGAUGCAAGAUGUUGAAGAAAAAAAUAAAACCAUACAAAAAUUGAAAAAUGACUUAGAAGCGAAAAACCAAUCCUAUGACAUGUUGAAAAAAGAACAAAAUUUUGAUAAAAUUAACAUAGGGUUAAGUAACGUCGAUCAAACGGAAGAAUUAAUAAGACUUAAAAAAGAGAAUGAAAAUUUAAAAAAGCAAGUAGGAUCAAAUUCAAAUCAGGAAAUAGACAAAGUGAAAGAGCUUGAAAGUGAAAUUGAUGACUUAAAAAGAGUAAAUAAAAAGCUAGAAGAUAAAAUAUCAGAAAACAUGGAUAGAGGGAAUACAAAUAAUGAAGUACUGCUAAAGGAAAAAUAUGAGAAAUCUUUAAAAGAAAUAGAAAAUAAAAGAAAAGAAAUGGAUAACAAACAAAAAGAAAUAGAAGCAAAUCGAAAAGAAAUAGAUGCAAAACAAAAAGAAAUAGAAGAAAAUAGAAAAGAAAUAGAAGAAAAACGAGAAAAAAUUAAAGAAUUGGCCGAGGCAAACAAAAACAUGAAGACUCAGAUGUGUAGUAUACAAGGAAAUGCCGAUGCUGCUAUAAAUGAAAAAAUCAUCAAGCUUGAAGCCGAAUUACUUAUGGAGAAGAAAAAUUGCGGGCAUAUUGAAGAUACAACAAAAAAUAAAUUAAGCAAGGAAUUUAAUUCUGCAUUACAAAUUUUUAAGGAACAACUACAAAUUAGGGAAAAGGAAACUGAAUAUUACAGAGAUGCACUGAAGACACAAAUAGAUAUUUAUAAAGACGAACAAAAACUAUUAAGCGAUAUUAUUCAUAGCUUAGGUUUGAAAUAUAAACAACUGCAAACUUAUAAUCUUUCCUUAAGGAACGAAAUUACAGGAAUAAAAUUAAGAGCCCAGACAUGUGCAGAACCAGGAAAAAAAUAA